AUGGAUAGAUUAAAAAAACUUAUAAGAAAAACAAGUAUUAGUAAUAAAGGCAAUCGUAUUGGUUCUUCACAUAAUCAACGAGAAACUGACCGACCAUUAGUUAAUACAAGUGGACCUUUUACUUAUACUUGGAUUGUUAAAAAUUUUCAGGAUCUUUAUAAUCAAAAAUGUCUCGAAUAUUAUUAUAGUGAUCCUUUUACUUCUCCUUCAACGAAUGAACAAGUUGGUACAAACGAAAAUUUAAUAGAAACUAUCGAAAAUACAACAUUUACAAUCUCUACUAAUAAAAUUGAGCAUAAAUGGCGAUUGUUACUCUAUCCUCACGGACAUCGAUCUAAAAGAGUAAAGACCCAUAUUUCACUCUAUCUUUCAGCAAUACAAAGUCAAUUUGAGAAAGAAAAUAAUAUAAAAACAAGAACUUCAAGAUGGAGAUUUGAAAUACUUAGAAUGAAUAAUGAAAUUGAAAAACCUAAAAAUUCAAGAAAUUCAACAAAUUCCACUGUAACAACAGGAUUAUCAAGGUUAAACUGUUAUAGAAACGUAUUAGAAAAACAAUUUAUAUUUAGUAAUGAUAAAGAACCAACAUGGGGAAGUGUAAAAUUUUGUGAAUUUGAAACUAUAUUUCCUAAUAACCUUGAUUCAAAAUUUAAUUUAAUAAGAAUGGAAAAAGUUGAUUUAAUAAUUCAAGUACAUUAUUUUGAUGAAAAUUAUGUUGCAAUUAAUUAUGAUUUAGAAAUACUUAAAAUUGAUAUUUCUUUAAAAUAUGGACCAAAAUUAGAUGAAUAUUUUGAUAAUGAAAGAUUUAGUGAUGUUAUAUUUAAAUUCGAUUGUGGAUCACAACUUUAUGCAUCAAGACUUGUUUUAGCUUCAAGAUCAAUUUAUUUUAAAACUAUGUUUAAUGGGGAAUGGAUUGAAUCAAAAUCUUUAGCUAUUCAUGUUAAAGAUGUUGAAUAUAAGAUUUUUAAAAUUAUAGUUUACUUUUUAUAUACAGGAAUUCUUGAAGAUGGUUUAACAUUUGAUACAUUAGUAAAUGUUUAUGCAGAAGCUGAUAUGAGAGAAAUAGAUGAAUUGGCGAAAGUCAUUAUAUCACGUGUAUUAGAAAUGGUAAAUAAAGAUAAUUGGGAUGAUGUAUUGUUACUUGGUUGGGCAACGGAUAAUUAUUGGUUAAAAGAUCAAGCAUUAAUGUAUAUUCAUAGUAGGUGGGAAGAGUUAAAAGAUACUGAGAGAAUGAAAAAGGUGUUGAUGUUUGGGAAUGAAAAAUGUAUACAAGAAUUGAUGAGCGAUAGAUGUUUUGGCAUUGUGAAUGAAUAA